AUGAAUCGACAAGAUAGACGACAGAUGCACAACAAAACCAACACUGCGUACAUUUCGCGAAGGAUCCCUCUCUCUACGAAUGACGAGUAUAGCGUAAUUCACUUUUCCUACGUUGCUCCUUCUGCACUUGGUCUCCUGCAAGGCCAUCACGUCAAAUUUGAUUACGCUCUGCAGCUCCGAGAAGGACAUGCAGGUCCUGGUAUCGAAGACGUCCUGAGCAACCUGAGAUUUGACCGCCUCUCACCAACAGCCAUUCCGUCCUACGUUUAUGGUUACCCAGUAAACGGAACGCUGACGCUUGAUGAAAACAUAGCUGAUACGGAAGGGGUGAAGUACUCAUACAAGGCAUAUAAAAACUACCAGAAACAAAGGAGAAACAGAGAGGAAAGACGGCUUCACAAAAUGGAAGACAUAAUGGAGGACCAGAUGUUUUUUUUGGGAUGGGCAUUUAUUUGGUGCAGAACGUAUGAUGAUUUCUUAGAAUUGUUCAUGGAUCUCCUAAUAGACGUCCAUGCACCAUCUCCUGUACGGGUCAACAAUGUCGUGUCGAACAUAGAAGGAUUUGCUGAAGCUUUCCGCUGUCCACCGGAUACGCCCAUGAACCCUAAGAAGCGUUGCUCGAUUUGGUGA